AGAAAGUUCAGUGUUCUCAAACGAUGGAUGGAGAGCGGUUGUCCGAGGUAGAGUGAAAUAUAUAUACUGCUGCAAAUAGCUGCACCGAUUCAGCUUUAAACCGUUUUUAUUCAAAAUUAAGAAGUCAAGGAUAAGGAGUCAAAACUUUCUGUAAUGAACGUUAUUUAAACUCACCACCGAUAUUUUGUCCUUUCAUUGCGAACUUCAUUUUCUAAAUUGAACUCUGCCUUCCUCGAAUUGGCUCGGAGGCUGCCUUCUAAGAACAUUUAAACAUCUAAUUCUGGGGAAGGUUUUUUUAUAUAUAUAUCAUAGACUAAUGUUUACCUACUGGAAUUAUUUUUUGUUAUAUUUUACCUGCAUUUGUGUUGUGCAUCAGCAUAGAAUGCAUUUGUAACAACGGCUUUUUAACGCUUGUUGGGGCUGUGCUUACAAUGGUAAAAUAGUACGGAAAUAUCCUCUUGAAUUUACAUUUUUGGUCUGAACAAAUACAACUCUUUGUUAGACUAAUCAUAUGACUGAAAAUAAGCAUGGAGCGGUCUCCUUUGAAGAUACUGAUUUCUCUCUGGUGUCCGCUCAUGAUUGCUGCCUACAGUGUGGAGCUAGGAACCUACGACCUAGAACGAGGGAGACCAGCCAAAUGCGAACCCAUAGUAAUUCCCAUGUGCCAGGGCAUUGGCUACAACAUGACCAGAAUGCCCAAUUUUAUGGACCAUGAAAACCAAAAGGAGGCUGCCAUCAAGCUGAAUGAGUUUGCACCUCUAGUGGAUUACGGCUGUGAUGUGCACCUUCGUUUCUUCCUCUGCUCUCUCUACGCCCCAAUGUGCACUGAUAAAGUGUCUACCUCCAUCCCAGCCUGCAGGCCCAUGUGUGAGCAGGCCAGGCAGAAGUGCUCACCCAUUAUGGAGAAGUUCCACUACGCAUGGCCUGACUCGCUGGAUUGCUCCAGGCUCCCGACCAAGAAUGACCCCAACGCGCUGUGCAUGGAGGCUCCAGAGAACGACACCAAGACAGAUAUCAAGAAGGGAGAGGACAUGCCUUUUGUUCCCCCUCGGCCCAGGCAACCGGGUAGCAGUAACGGGCGCUCCAUGGGCAGUCUGGGGUCCUGCGAGAACCCAGAGAAGUUCCAUUACGUGGAGAAGAGCCAGUCGUGUGCUCCUCGCUGCUCCUCUGCAGUGGACGUGUUCUGGUCCAGACGGGACAAGGACUUUGCCUUCAUCUGGAUGACGGUGUGGUCAACACUCUGUUUUGUCUCCACGGCCUUCACCGUUCUCACCUUCCUCCUGGACCCCCACCGCUUCCAGUACCCCGAGCGGCCCAUCAUCUUCCUCUCCAUGUGCUACAACGUCUACUCUGUGGCCUUCAUCAUCCGCUCGGUGGCCGGGGCCGAGAACAUCGCCUGCGACCGGGAGAAUGGCGAGCUCUACAUCAUCCAGGAGGGGCUGGAGUCCACAGGCUGCACCAUCGUCUUCCUCAUCCUCUACUACUUCGGUAUGGCCUCGUCCAUCUGGUGGGUCAUCCUCACCCUCACCUGGUUCCUGGCCGCUGGUAAGAAGUGGGGCCAUGAGGCCAUUGAGUCCCACAGCAACUACUUCCACAUGGCCGCCUGGGGCAUCCCAGCUCUGAAGACCAUCGUCAUCCUCACCAUGAGGAAGGUGGCAGGGGAUGAGCUGACGGGUCUGUGCUACGUGGGCAGCAUGGACUCUGGAGCGCUCACCGGCUUUGUGCUCAUCCCUCUGUCCUGCUACCUGGUCAUUGGCACGUCCUUCGUCCUCACCGGCUUUGUGGCGCUCUUCCACAUCCGCAAGGUGAUGAAAACCGAAGGCACCAACACGGAGAAGCUGGAGAAGCUGAUGGUGAAAAUCGGCAUCUACUCCAUCCUGUACACGGUGCCCGCCACCUGCGUCAUCAUCUGCUACUUCUACGAGAGGCUUAACAUGGACUACUGGAAGUUCAUAGGUCUGGAGGUCAAGUGCGUGUCGUUCCCCGGGCGCCGGAAUGAGGACUGCUCCCUGGAGUCGUCGGUGCCCACCGUGGUGGUGUUCAUGCUGAAGAUCUUCAUGUCCCUGGUGGUGGGCAUCACCAGUGGUGUGUGGGUGUGGAGCUCCAAGACCCUGCAGACCUGGCAGGGCCUGUGCAGCAGGAAGCUGGCAUCAGACAGGACUAGCAGGAAGCCCUGUGGCAGCGUGAGCUGCAGCACACACUGUCAUUACAAAACCCCUGCCGUGGUGCUCAGCAUGGCCAAGACAGACCCUUACUCAGACAGCCCCACACAUGUCUGACGCUGACAGUCAGUAUAUUACCAGUAUGCAGUUCAUUCAAUGCUCUGUCUAAACACAGGAAGCUACUGGGGUGACAUUGUAAUAUAUAGAAUAAGAAUAAGAUUGAGAUUGAGAGGAAGGAGAGAUGUUAUAAUUCAACUGUCCAUUGUUGCUUUUCUGUGCAACUUUCCUUAUUUCAGUAUUGAUGGGAAAUGUUCAGUAUUGCUCUCUAUAAACACACAAGAUGUGUGGACUGUAUUGCAUAGAGAUGCUCGACUGCAAUGCAGAAAAGGCAUUGCAUGGACAUUUUAAAGGAGAGGCAUUGUUCUCCCCUGAACUAGGUAUAAAUAACUACAUAAAUAUGUUUAAAUGUUAAACAGUCUAUUUAUUGUAUAUAUAUUUAAUUGAAGUUUACUUUGGUUUCUCACACGCUUUGAUUGGAGUGAACCUGCAUCCAUGAGGCUAAAAGAGUAAACUACUGAGCAUCAAGGAAAAUGCAGUGCCUCUUAUUGGGUUCUUAAAAAUAAUACAAUUGGGUAUACAUUUUCAAAACUGCCUUUUAAUUGUAUGUUUUUAGUCGUGGUAUAUUUACUAUUAUUAAAUUGAGUGUGAAUCCUAUACAUUUUUCAAUAUGGCUUAGCUUCAUUGGAUUGAUUGAGAAAAUUAUAUUGAGAGACUUGGGAGGAAAAUGCAUUGACAAAAAAGAUUGAAUUUUACAUUAUCUUUGAUAAUAAUUUGGCUCUAUAAUAAAUAAAUAUAAUUCUUACAAAAUGAGAAGUUAUAUAUGGCUAUAGAUAUCCAUGAUUCAUUCAUGUCAUUAUCCCAGGACGACCAGAAUGAAUCAAAUGUGCUAGACUGGUUGAAGUUGACUGUAGUAGGGUUCAUUCUCUUUUGGGUGAAGUAGACUGUAGUAGGGUUCAUUCUCUUUUGGGUGAAGUAGACUGUAGUAGGGUUCAUUCUCUUUUGGGUGAAGUAGACUGUAGUAGGGUUCAUUCUCUUUUGGGUGAAGUAGACUGUGGUAGGGUUCAUUCUGUUUUAGGUGAAGUAGACUGUAGUAGGGUUCAUUCUGUUUUAGGUGAAGUAGACUGUAGUAGGGUUCAUUCUCUUUUGGGUGAAGUAGACUGUAGUAGGGUUCAUUCUCUUUUGGGUGAAGUAGACUGUAGUAGGGUUCAUUCUCUUUUGGGUGAAGUAGACUGUAGUAGGGUUCAUUCUCUUUUGGGUGAAGUAGACUGUAGUAGGGUUCAUUCUCUUUUGGGUGAAGUAGACUGUAGUAGGGUUCAUUCUCUUUUGCAAAUGAAAGGUAGCCUAAUUCCUAUGGUAAUGCCAACAUGCAAAUAUCAACUGUAAUCAUUUGGAGAAUUUUUCUCAAUAUAAGGAUAAAUGCAACAGUUUAUAUUCCUAACUUUUGUAGCCUAAAUGCCCAUUUCUUCUUACUCCAAAGUCGUAGCCUCUUUGAACACAUUUAUCACAGGACAAUAAGGCCAACAUUUGUUGUUUAUUUUCCUGUCGACCAUUUGGUCCUUAAUUUCCUCUCCUGCUUUGAAGCAAUUUUCUACAGUGAGAAUCGCGUGCCAUAUGUUCAACUGCAUAGGCUGCGUAUAAGCUAGAUCCUGGAAGCAACAUGGACACACUAUUCCUCAAAGAGAAUUGGAGAUGAAUAGAGGGGCAAUCCAAGUAGUCUCAAGGUUCGGGUCAUCAUCUUUAAAGAGAUACUUCCUGGUUUUGACAAUGAAGCCCUUUAUCUACUUCCAGUCAGAUGAACUCAUGGAUACCAUUAUGUCUCUGCAUCCAGUAUGAAAGAAGUUAGAGGCAGUUUUCCGAUCCAAGGCUAACCAGCGUUAGCGCAAUAACUGGAAGUCUAUGGUAUCUACUAGCAUACUAGCAGUUACCAUAGACGUCCAGCCAUUGCGCUAACACUAGUUAGCAAUUGUGUUAACGCUUGUUAGCAACUUUUUUCAAACUGCAGGCAGAGACAUACAAAUGGUAGGCCUAUUCAAGAGUUCAUCUGACUCUGGGGAAGUAGAUAUAGGGCUUCAUUGCCAAAACCCUGAAGUAUCCCUUGAACAUGCGGGAGCUGUUCACAUAGAAAUAUAUUUAAUGGGUGUGCUAAUCCUUUCCAUGAACCACUAUUGUGCCCUGUCCUCCUCUCUGUUUGAUCCCCAUGCAAAUACAUGGCACUUUGAUCCAGGAGGAGGAAUUUGAAGUAGGCCAACUAGAUCUCAGCACUAUAGUCCAACGAUUUACACCUGAAUUGGGAGGAAAUUAAUUGAAGAUUUCUAUUUGACCAAAAAGUUUCACAAAUGUCAUCCUACAUAUUGGUCAUUGGUUGCAUGGUUUUGUCUCAGUUUGAAUUUGGUACAUUCAAGCCUUAUGUUGGCAGCAACUGUUCUCAGUAGAUUACACACACACACAAUUAGGGUGUCAAUGUCAAUUAUAAGCACACCCGAAUAUAAGAGACCAUUUGUUUCACAGCAGGCUUGCUGGGAUGCAUGGUGUUUGACAGUAAAUGUAAUUGUUUAUGUCUGUCUGUGUAAUUGUGUUCCGUGUCAGGCAACACAUGAGGUGAUGGCAUGGAAAGAUGUGAGGACCAAGAGUUACAUUUACAUCAUCAGACUGCUGCUCAAUUUAACGUUUAGAUUUUGUCAAGCUUUAUAGACGGUUGUGUUGUGUUGUGGUUUUUCAUUUAACCUUUGUUAGACACCAUCAACUUUAAGAUUACAGCAAUUUAACAAAAUCAUUUAAGUUGAGAAGACAGUCUUUGCAGAACAGAGUAUCAUAUUGUAUUAUAGUGUGUGUGUGUGCACAUAUGUAAGGAGGGAGAGGUAGAUGGGGGUUAACCUCUGUGUUUUCCUCGCUUGGCCAUUAUAGACAUUGUCCAUUGCUUAGCAGAGAGAGCUGAAGUCUUGACAUUGCCAACCACAUUUAACUAUCAAAAGUGAGUGUGAGUUUCCUUUGAAGCAUGUCGCUGGGACACAAUAACGGGAGUUAAAGCCACAUGCACCAGUUCACAUGCGGUUGAACGAGCUGCUGGCUUCCUCUCGGGAUUACGCUCUGUGACAUGACCCAGUGAGGUGAAACUCUUGCUCUUAAAAAACAGCCAGUCCCACCUAUGUUUUCUGUGAUUAGAUAGGAACUGCAGUCUGUUUAGGACAAGGGCUGAGUUAGGAGAUAUGGAGGCACUUAAUGUAUUUGUGUUGCUAGACAGAGAAAACAAAUCCCCAAAGACAACAUGUGGUGAUUGGAGUAACAGGGAGCGUUUGUAACCGUUUGUUGUUUAUAAACCUUGUUCAAUGAG